GCAGUUUCGGCGGAUUGGCGUCCAAUAGGAUGGUUGUCCACGAGUACCGUACCCAAAUCGAGACCAACGAGGGCCCCCAACUCCAACGCACGUCCACGGUCAUCCUCAUUUCUCUGCUUCUUACUUCUGCCUCCUCAUUUCUCUCCCUCGUUAUCGCCAUCGGAGAGGCAAGAAGUCAGAUUGAACCCUAAUUGACCUCUGCCUGUUAAGCCAUCUACAACUUUGCCUCACUCCAUGCAAGAUAUUCACUACGACAACGCCAAGUUCCGCCGCCGAUCCCCUCUCAAGGUGAUUACUCAAGCACUGGUCACUAGCCAUAUCAGAUAUUGCUGCAGAGGCUGUAGCACAGGAAAAUUUUUAAUGCUGUUGAUGAUCCUUGGUUUGACAUACUUGAUAACACAUAAAAGUUCUGACCAUUCUGCAUCUAACAUACAUUUGAAUAGUGCUGCAAAUGUAGGACAUAAAUAUGUCAAGGAAGGUGUUAGUAUAAUAGACAAAAUUUGGAGAAAACCUCCAAGGCUUCCUCCACAACUUCCUCCUGAUGAAGCCCAAAAUGUUAGUUCUAGUCUUGAAGAACAGAGGCUACAUUGGUUUUCAAGGAAACAAAAAGUCAAAGAGGCAUUUGUUCAUGCUUGGUCUGGCUACAAAAACCAUGCAAUGGGUUAUGAUGAGCUUAUGCCAUUGAGUCAAAGAGGCACUGAUGGUUUGGGAGGUCUAGGUGCCACCAUAGUAGAUUCCUUGGAUACAGCCAUUAUAAUGGGUGCUGAUGAAAUUGUUUACGAAGCAGUACCAUGGAUAGAAAAACAACUUGUGGAAAGAAUUGAAAAGAAAGGGCAGGUUAACUUGUUUGAGACAACAAUACGUGUAUUAGGUGGGCUUCUCAGUGCUUAUCAUUUAAGUCGGGGAGAUAAGGGUACCAUAAGUGAUAGUGGAAUACCUAUGACUCUUAAAGGUGUUAAAUCAGAAAUCUUUCUGGAGUUGGCAAAGACCUUAGCUGACAGGCUGUUAUCUGCCUUCGCUUCAAGUCCAACAUCAAUUCCUUUCAGUGAUGUUGUUCUCCAUGAUCAUUCUGCUCAUCCAGCUCCCGAUGGCUUAAGCAGUACCGCUGAAGUUUCGACCUUGCAACUUGAGUUUAACUACCUAAGUGAAAUUUCCGGUGAUCCCAAGUAUCGUUCAAAGGCAAUGAAGGUGUUGGAACAUAUUAGGUCUCUUCCCAAGGUGGAAGGACUGGUGCCCAUCCAUAUCAGCCCUCACUCAGGUCAGUUUAACGGAGAGAACAUUCGGCUGGGAUCUCGUGGUGAUAGCUACUAUGAAUACUUGAUUAAAGUUUGGAUUCAGCAAAAGAAUAGUGGCAAUCAGCUAAACUAUUUGUAUCAGAUGUAUGAAGAAGCAAUGAGAGGGGUGAGGCACCUUCUUGUUCGGAAGUCCAUUCCCAAAGGAUUGGUUUUUGUUGGGGAGCUGCCUCAUGGAUCUAAUGGUUCUUUCAGUCCUAAAAUGGAUCACCUGGUCUGUUUCCUACCAGGAACCCUAGCCCUUGGUGCAACAAAAGGUAUCACGAAGAAGAAAGCAAUUGAAAGAAACUUGUUGACCCCAGAUGACUUGGAGAAUUUGAAGCUUGCUGAAGAUCUAGCAAAAACAUGCUUUGAAAUGUAUGCUAUCACUUCUACGGGUCUUGCUCCUGAAAUUGCUUAUUUCCAUAUUGAGGGUGAUUCUGAAGGGGGUCUUGAUGGUGGUAACAAAAGCUCUGAGUAUAUAGAUGACAUAAUAAUCAAACACAAUGAUCGCCACAAUCUUUUGCGCCCUGAAACAGUGGAAUCAUUGUUUGUGUUGCAUCGUGUAACCGAAGAUCCGAAAUACCGAGAAUGGGGUUGGCAGAUCUUUGAGGCCUUUGAAAAAUAUACUAAGGUAGAUUCUGGUGGGUACACAUCUCUUGAUGAUGUCACACUAAUUCCUCCUCCUAGACGAGACAAAAUGGAGACAUUCUUUUUAGGUGAAACCUUGAAGUAUCUAUAUUUGUUGUUUGGAGACGAGAAUGUUGUUCCUUUAGAUAAAUUCGUAUUCAACACAGAGGCCCAUCCUCUUCCAAUUAUUUGGUCAAAAUAUUCAGCCUAGAACUCCAGCAACUGAUUACAAUUUGAGAACACAAGCUUGAGGAACCUCGUUACUGGGGCUUGAAGAAACUCAAAUGCUACCUUGUGCAUUCCCAAGAUGAACAACUUUGGAUGCAGGGUUUAUGCAACUUCUGGCACUGUAAAGAUGUAGCAGGCUCUGUAAAGAUGUUGCAUGAGUUCCAACGUCGAAUCUCUUUAUACACCAAGUAUCGGCUGAAGGAGGGUUCUAAGGCCAAAAUUGCCCUCUGUAAAUGUUCAGAGUUGUCCUGUUAGGAAUUGUUUUGUUUUUAGAUGUUCAUGCCCAACUACUAGUCGGAUGCUUUUGAUUUAUGGUUAUUGUUCAAGGUGAAGACAUAAUUUAAUUGGAAAAUACACCAUGUUAUGUUCUUUA